AUGUUCCAUAGACAAUUGACGGCUAGUCCCGUAUCGUCUUGUGAUUUCACCAAAAAAUUGCUGUUUCGAAUAUUUAGUGUUAAACAGCAUCAAAUUUUAAAUACCGGUGACCAAGAUGAUGUCAACUAUAAAUUCCCUAUACCUGACCUGAAGGUCGGUACAUUGGAUCAGUUGGUAGGGUUAUCUGAUGACCUGGGUAAGCUUGAUACCUUUGUUGAGGGUGUUACUAGGAAAGUCGCUCAGUAUCUCGGUGAGGUACUAGAAGAUCAACGUGAUAAACUUCACGAGAAUCUAAUGGCAAACAACAGCGACCUGCCCACGUAUCUGACUCGUUUCCAAUGGGACAUGGCUAAGUAUCCCAUCAAGCAGAGUCUUCGUAACAUCGCCGAUAUCAUCAGUAAACAGGUGGGUCAGAUCGAUGCCGACUUGAAGGUGAAAUCAUCAGCCUAUAAUGCUCUCAAGGGUAACUUACAGAAUUUAGAGAAGAAACAGACCGGAAGUCUUCUAACUCGUAACUUGGCCGACUUGGUCAAGCGCGAGCACUUCAUUCUGGAUAGCGAAUAUCUAACAACACUGCUUGUUAUUGUUCCUAAGUCGAUGUUCAACGACUGGAACGCGAACUACGAGAAGAUCACUAACAUGAUAGUGCCACGCUCCACUCAACUCAUACACCAGGACAACGACUACGGGCUGUUUACCGUGACUCUGUUCAAAAAGGUGGUGGACGAGUUCAAGCUGCACGCGCGCGAGCGCAAGUUCAUCGUGCGCGAGUUCUCCUACAACGAGGCGGACCUCGCCGCCGGCAAGAACGAGAUCACCAAGCUCGUCACCGACAAGAAGAAGCAGUUCGGUCCAUUGGUGCGAUGGUUGAAAGUUAACUUCUCCGAGUGCUUCUGCGCUUGGAUACAUGUGAAAGCUCUAAGAGUGUUCGUUGAGUCUGUACUAAGAUACGGGCUGCCGGUGAACUUCCAGGCGGUGGUGAUGGUGCCGGCGCGCAAGGCGGCCAAGCGCCUGCGCGACGUGCUGCAGGCGCUCUACGCGCACCUCGACCACUCCGCGCACCAGCACGCGCAGAACGCGCAGGACACUGCAGACUUAGCGGGUCUCGGUUUCGGCCAGUGUACGACGGCGUUACAAUUAUUUUUAGGUAAUGUUACCAGGCGAGCUGCUGUAUGUCUGUCCGGAAGC